GGGAGAACUUCCAACCCACUCCUGUUCCUGUGAGGACAAGGUGGGAGUUGGUUGGAUGAUUUCACUCUGAUCAGAGGGAGAGUCUUGAACAAACACAAAGUCAAGAGACAUUUUGGAUUGGAAACCAGUCACCAUGAACAAACUGCUCCUUUGCGCCAUCCUUUCGACCACGUACACAGCGUGCCUCGGUUUGUUGGUGAGAGUCCAGGAUACCCGGCGUUACACUAUGCUGUUUGCUUCCAUUCUCGUCAAAUGUGAAUAUUCAACUGCAUCCCAGGCUCAGGAUGUCCUCGUUACCUGGCGCUACAAGUCAUUUUGCAAAGAUCCCAUAAUGGAUUAUUAUUCAUCCUCAUACAUCGCAAUGCUGAGUAUGGGCCAAGAUCCAACUAAUGACUGUCAAGAUGAUACACGGCAGGUUCGAAUCGUUAUCCAGAAACGGGGACAGAAUGAGCCAACCCUGGGGACGGAGUAUAGACAGAGGAAGAUCACCAUUCAGAACCAAGCUGAUCUACUAAUUACUGAAGUGAUGUGGUGGGAUCAUGGUGUCUAUUUCUGUUCUGUUGAGGCACCCGGUGACACCACUGGAGACCCAGACAAGGAAGUUCGACUCAUUGUUUUACACUGGCUGACUGUGCUUUUCAUUAUCCUUGGUGCUCUCUUGCUGUUUAUGUUGAUCGGCGUCUGUUUCUGCCAGUGCUGCCCACAAUGUUGCUGCUGCUAUGUCCGAUGUAUCUGUUGCCCAAAACGCUGCUGCUGUCCAGAGAAAGCUCUUUUGAGGCACGAGUUGUUCAAACAAGCCAAGAAGGGUUUAUUCCCAUGGAUGGACCCGUCAAUGUAUGGUGAUGAAGAGAGACAAACCUUUAUGCCUCCAUAUCAUCCAAAUAUGCCGAUUCCAAGAGAGUAUUCAAUGAAGCACAGUAUUCCACUGAGUGUGGUCCCUUACAGUGGCUACCCAAGCUCUUCUAACAAGAUGCUGGACUACAUAGAACAUGAGGUGAAGACCAUGAAUGCAUCCCAGUCUUUACAAAAUGGAAUCCAUAUAAGCGGCAGCUCACAUCCCAGCAUACUUUCAUCGCUGGACAACGGAGUUCGAGAGGUGGAGCGCCGGGUCAUCCAACUGCCUCCGUUGCUGCAGCGAAUCCCGGAGUCCAGCCUUCCCUCAUCGCACCGGACCAGCAACUCGUCCCACAGGAACAACCGUCACGAUGAGAGGCAGCCCAGGAAUCAGAGGCCUCAGGAGGGAUCGAGGUCCAGCCGCAGCUCCCAAGACCGAAGAUCCAACCGCCCUGCGGGGAGCAGGAGAGAUAACCUGGACGAGGGUCGUUCCAGGCUGCCCUCAAGGAGCCGAUUCCACGGCAGUUACAGCGACGACUCUGAUUACGACGAGCGGUCGCGACGGAGCGGCUCCAAUCACAGACGCGGCAGAAGAGGUUACGAAGAGGACAGGCGGCGAGAGCGCCGCGGAACGAGUGCCGACCGUUCGACUGAGCGAAGGAGCGGCCGCAGGGAGCGCAGCUACUCUCCCCCGUCGCUGGGAAGACGGAGGGCAUCAUGGAGUUCCCUGGAUAACUAUGAGCACGGCGGAGCUCAUUCUGAUAGAAGAGACGAUCGGAUGGCGAAUUGGCUGGAAUCCCUCAAGAAGCCGUUGAAAUACCAUGAGAAGCCCCCGAGCUAUCAUUCAGUGGACGGGGCAUCGCAGGAAAGCAGCGCACGGAGAUCACAUAACGGCCGCCAGUCGGAGCGGGGAAGUUCUCGCAGCGGUAAAAGUGUGGUGAUAUGAAGUAAUCUCCCCUUCAUCACUUCUACACAACCCAAUGGUCGUGGUGUGGGUUGCAAAGCAGCUGGUGACCUUUAUCUUCUCUCAAGCAAACCUCUUUCAUUAGAGACUUUCACAGCACAAAAAGUAAUUGAGCCAAGCUUCUGUUUGAAGCAGAUAACAGAUAGUCUGUUUGGAAUGCGACAAACUUUAUAGGAUAAACAAGCUUAUUCCAUGAUCAUUCAUUGAGAAACAUGCAGAAGUAGAACAAUUAGAGAUUUAUCUCGAGUGUGAAUGUGGUUGUUUUUUUUAGACUGAUGCACACGACUGCAGUUUGACUCUUGUUCUGAAAUUCUAUCCAGCUGUUUCUAUGGGGCCAGUGUGAAGAAUGAGCAAAAUAUUCCUUAAAUGUGAGGGGGCCAGAAAUAGUACAUUAACUCUUGAGACGGCUGGUGAGCAUUUCGGUUUGAGUCAAGUUAUGGAACUGGAAAACAAAAAAUCCUGAACACAUUCUUAUAAUAAUCCUUGCAUUUAAUAUAGCGCUUUUCAUGUCUUCUAGAUGUGUCAGAGCGCUUCACAGCAUAUUCUGUGAAGUGAAUUGACUGUAUAUUUGUGGGCGAAAUGCGGCAGUCAAUACACAGCUAGUGUUCCACAAACCAUCGUGGAUUGAAGUGACCAAUUUAUUAUUUUUUUCAAUUUGAAUAAACUGCAAAGAAAAUUGUAAUGUCAAAAGGAUUAUAAAUAGGCUUUUAAAUUGAAAUUCCACAUCUGUUAUUGACACUUGUGCUCCCUUUCUUGAAAUUUAAAUGCUAUGUAAAUAAAACAAAUUGCAUAAUUGUUUCUGUAUUUUAAUACAAAAAUAUGUUGUAUGGAUACAACUUAUUUUCUUGUUUGUAGCACUGAAUUUAUACCCUUUUUUAAAAAAAAAUGUACAUAUGAGAUAGUCUAUUACUGAAUCUUCAGUUUUACCAUCUAAAAUUCUUUUUCGCUAUUUUAUGUUGUCUGACCGGUAAUACUGGCGGGUCAAGCAUUAUUGUGUGUAUGUGUGUGUAUAUAUAUAUAUAUAUAUAGGCUGGAGCUCAGAUCUAUGCACUGUUGUAGCCUUGAUGUGUGGAAGGUUUUGUAUUCUGGAUUGCCAGUAAUUUUAUUUUCACUGCAUUGCUGUAGGCUGCACGAAUGAUGUGCAGGACUUGGGUCACUUUGAGGUGUGUUCACAGCUUCGCCAAUUUGAUAUUAUUCCAGCCAGUUCUGUUAGUGUGCAACCAGCGCCAAGGUGCAGUGUAAGACGGAUGAAAUAUCUGAACCUCAAACUGUAUAAAUGAGACCCCAUUAUGAAGUUGUCCCUUAUGUUUAAAUCUUUAAGAAGUCUUAGUGUACAAUACUUUUUUCAAUAAAUGUUGUUUGCUACCUA